AAUCAUAAUGACAAAGCCUAUAUCUGAGCGUGCUACUUGGAGAGGCUGGUGACAGCAGUGUGUGUGUGUGUGUGUUUGUUUACGGCGAUCAGCUGGUGCGGGCGGCGGGCACGGCGCCUCCUUCUCCAUGUCUCCGCGAUGGAUAUCAAAGAGAAGUUUAUGUCCUUCAUCGACAAGCAGAAGAUAUCGCUCAAGGCACCCGCCGCGACACUCCCGGGCGGGGACUUUGUAACAUCCGAUGACUUCGAGGGGCGCACGGCGGUGGCGGCCCAGCCCCGCCGCCAGAACAGCCUGCUGCGGGAGCAGGCGCUGACCCCCGAGGCCGAGCAGGCGGUCAUAGACGGUAUCGAGCAGGUGUACUUCGAGGCCGAGGACGUGGACGUGGGCGAGCACGAGCUCAAGAAGUUCCCGGAGGCCAUUGACGUGCACGUCAUCAACGGGCUGCGGUCGCGCCUGAGGAAGCAGCACAACAUUGUGUCGCGGCGCGUGUCGGACCUCAUCAUGCAGAAGCAGGGGCUUUGCAGCGAGGAGAUGGCGCGGGUCAUGGAGCUGCAACGCGAGGUGAUCCGGGAGGUGGGACUGUGUGUGGAGGGCCGCAGGAAGCUGGCGCAGGGCCGCAGCCAGUUCACCUCAGCCAGCCUCGGCAUCCUGGCCAACUACAGCAAGCGCCAGAAGAUCGCCAGCGUCAUCCGCUCUCUGAGGAUGAUCCGCACACUGCAGAUGACAGACGAGCAGCUUCAAACCCUCCUGAGGGCGGAGGACUACCCUGGGGCCAUUCAGCUGCUGCUGGAGUGCCAGAAGGCUGCGGCAACCUUCAAGCACUUCACAUGCAUAUCUGAACUGAGCACCAAGCUACAGGACACUCUGGAGGUGGCUGAGGAGCAGCUGGACCAAGGGCUGGCCAGGGUGGCGGCAAACUUUAAUGUCCGGAGCUAUGAGAAGCUACAGACUGCGUAUGGCUUGUUAGGGAAGACUCAGACCUUAAUGGACCAGCUACACAUGCACCUCACUUCGCACAUCCACAACUCAGCCUUCACCAUUGUCCUUGGAUACGUGGAACUAUACAACAGUGCCGCAGUGGGGGGCAAUGGAGCCAUGAUUGGCACUUCCUCCUCCACGUCCUCUUCUUCAAAGCUCCAGUACUCAGAGUUGUGUAAAUAUGUCAAUGAGGAGAGCUUUUUGCCAUGCCUCCUGGACCUCAGUAAAUGUAUGUGGAAUGUCUUAAGGAGCUAUAGGAGCAUAAUUAAGUGGCAUGAGGACAACAAGCCAGCUGGUGGGGAUGACACUUUAGCAGUGGCCAACAGUAAUGCCAGUAAUGGGGGGGAGGGCAGCACAUCGGAGCAGUACAUCAAACAGAAGCUGGAGCACGGCCUCUUCAGGAUAUGGCAGGAUGUGCAGGCCAAAGUUCGAACCUUCACCCUGGCCUCGGACCUCUCCCACUUUAAGUUUGACGACUUUUUACGAAUCCUAGACGUUAUUAAUAAGCUGAUUGAGGUUGGCGAGUGUUUCUGUGGCAGCAAGUCUGAGACCCUGCGCGAAUCCAUCAAGCAGCAGUCCAUCAAUUACUUCCGCAACCACCACCGAGCACGCAUGGAGGAGCUACACAUGUUCCUGGAGAAUGAAGGGUGGGAGGCAUGCCCGGUGAAGUCCACGUUCACCAUCCACCAGCUGAUGGAGUACAGGUUCCUGAGGGGCAGGGACACCAGCCUCACUCGCAUCACCUCCCCAUCCGCCUCACCCACCAAGUCACAGGGUGGUGGUGGUCUUGGUGGUAGUGAGAAAGGCGACAUCUUUGAAAAGUAUGGGGAGGAGGCAUCACCCUUUGACCUGGUGACCGAGGAGGCGGUGGAGGAGGACAUCAUGGCCAAUGGUGAGACUGGCGGCAACGGUGGCAGUGGGGGGAUGAGUGACGACGACGAUGAUAGCGACGAGGAUUUACCAGAGGAACUCAAGCGAGACUAUGUUGACGAGCAGCCUGGUGAGGCGCCGCCACCAUCCUCCCGCAACACCCCGAAGCACCUACGCCACUCCAAGGCCUCCAUCGUGACCAACACAACCCUGACCAUCCUGCGGCUCAUUGGCAAGUACAUACAGAUGAUGCGCCUCCUGCAGCCCAUUGCCUUUGAUGUGAUGGUGUGUCUUAGUCACCUCUUUGACUACUACCUCUACAGUGUGUUCACCUUCUUUGGCGACAGGGGAGAGCUGGAGCAGAGCCUGAGUAGGAGGCUGCGAGCAUCCCUCAAGAGGAUCCAAGACUCUCUCAUCCUCAGCCCGGACACUCCCCCUGAGGACCCCGUGGACCAGAACAAAGUGCUGUGCCCAUCCCUAUCACCUGUGGUUGAUAUCACCUCACCGGAGAGUAUAUGUGGGCUGUCGGUGCGGGUGGUGGCGGUGGAGAGUCUGGCCUUCCUGGCGGCCCAGCUGGAGGCACUGCAUUGCCACAUCGAGCCGCUCAUCCCGCAGCAGCGCAGGACGUUCCUGCAACAGUUUUACACCGGCACUGUCAAAAUUACGCCAGAGAUCAGGCACCACGUCUACACCGCUGUGGCAGCACAGGCGAUAGACUACGACGGGGUGCUGAGCCGCAUGUCCAGCGUCAAGUGGGACAUUAGCGACCUCAUGAGUCAGCACAGUCAGUAUGUGGACCUCCUCCUCAGGCAGCUACAGGUGCUCAGCAUGCGCCUGGAGGAAGUGAGCCACACUUCACCCAUCCCGGAGGAGGCGUACAUGGCCUUGUGGGAGUCCAUCGUGCGCAUCACCAACCGUACGCUGCUGGAGGGCUUCGCCAGUGCCCGCCGCUGCACCAACGAAGGCCGAUCCCUCAUGCAGCUUGACUAUCAGCAAUUCUUAAUGAAGCUGGAGUGCCUGACAUCAGUGCGCCCCCUCCCAGACCGCCACCUGGUAGAGACAUACAUCAAGGCUUACUACCUGCCUGAGGGUGCCCUGGAGGCCUGGGUGCAGCAGAGCCUCAAUGACUACUCUGCGCGCCAGCUGAACUCUCUCGUUGCCACCAUGACUCAUGUUAGCAAGCGCACGAGACAGAGGAUCGCAGCACUGAUAGAGGAGAGUGGGAAGAAAACCUAGGAGUGGGCCGAGGCUCCUGGAGCAGAACAGGAGGACCUAGGAGGGAGCAGGAGGACUUAGGAGUGGGCCAUCAGCCAGUGCAGGUACACUUGAGGUAGUAACUGUUUGUAGUGUCCAGGGGCUGUUGUCCUUACUCUGCUGGUCUGGAGGAGAGGAGGAGAGUAUUUGGGGAAGAAUGGGAAAAUGGGAAGAAAAAGGAGGGUCAAGGAGAGUAUGUCAAUGAAGAGGGGAAGAAAAGGGGAUGGGGAGAGGAAGAGUGAUGAGAUUGGAGGAGAAAGGAGAUUUGAGGAGUUUGGCAAGGUAGGGAGGAAGAGAGGAGCAGGAGAGACGAGGGGAGGGAGAGUGAUGACAAGAUGGAAGGGGAAAGAUUUGAGGAGAGUGUGGCAAGAUAGG